AUGUCUCGCAAAACUUCAAGCCAGUUUACAAGUCAUAAAAAAAGUGAAAGAUACGAAAAUUUUUCUGAUGAAAAAAAUAAAAUAAAUUCUCAUAGUAAAAGGAGGUCAACUGAUUCCCAUAAAAGACAAAAGUAUUCUCACGAUUAUUCCGAAUUUUCUUAUACUUACAAAGAAUACUCGGAGAACUCUUACGUUUCGGAUCGGAAAGAGGAGUCUUCUAAAUGUGACAAUUCUAAGAAUAAAUCUUACGGAAAUUGUGAUGGAAAUUAUGAAGAAAAACAUGAAAAACCUUGGGUAGAACAUUUAUUUGAUAUUAUGGCUGAAGAUAAUGAAGAUUUUUCAUCAAUGUUUUAUCAAGAAACCAUCAACAGCAGUAGUAGUAGUUAUACAUAUGAAAGAGUUUCGGAAAUUAAUGAUAUGUCAGAAGAAGAAUAUGCUAAUUACAUUCGUAAGGGAAUGUAUGAAAAACAACAUGAACAAGAGAAUGAAUAUUUCAAGAAAUGGAAUGAAUUUGAUAUUAAAGGAGAUUCAAUAAUUAAAUUUCAAGAUAUUCCUUGGCCCAUUAAAGAUAUAACCAAAUUAACUCGAAAAAAUGUUGAAGAAUUUUUAUUAUAUGGAAUUAAUGAUCGUUUAGAAAUAAAAUCCAUGUUACGUAAUGAACAAAUACGAUUUCAUCCUGAUCGUUGGCAACGGUUUAUUAAACGAAUUCCCACAGAUAAACAACGAGAAAAAAUUAUGAACACUGUUACGGAAAUUUCUCGAACCCAAAGUUCAAUCAAUGGUUACGGUUAUCAUGUAUUAAAGGUCCAAGAAAAAUCUCCUGCUCAAAAAGCAGGAAUAGAACCCUUUUUUGACUAUAUAAUUGGGAUCAACGGGAUAUCUUUGGAACCGGAUACACAUAUAUUUCAAGAAAAAUUACUUUCUAAUAUUGAUAAAGAAGUAAAAUUAAUUCCAAGUAAAACUUGGACGGAUAAUACGGAAAAUGGAAUUAUCGGAUGUAUUAUUCGGUAUUGUUCUUAUGAGGGAAUCAAUGAACAUGUUUGGCAUAUAUUAGAAAUAGCUCAAAAAAGUCCUGCGGAAAUGGCUGCAGAUUAUGUUAUUGGAACACCACAUGAGACGUUGCGAAAUGAAAGUGAUUUUUAUGAUUUGGUAGAUAAUCAUUUAGGAAGACCUCUUCGCCUUUAUGUAUAUAAUUCGGAUGUUGAUGCUUGUCGAGAGGUUACUAUUGUUCCAAAUAGCGAAUGGGGUGGUGAAGGAUUUUUGGGAUGUGGAGUCGGUUAUGGAUAUUUACAUAGAAUUCCUAAAACAUAUAAAUAUCAAUCACUUAAAAGAAAAUUUGAAUUAUCAUGGGAUCCUUCUUCAUUUCCACAUCUUAAUUCACCAAAUCCAUCACCACAAUUAGUUAAUAAGGAUGAUGAUAAUAAUUAUUCAGAUAUAACCACAUUUGUUUCUAAUGAUUCCAAUAUUUCUAAUGAAAACAAAGGAGCUAACGAAAUUGAAUCAGUUGAAAACAUUGAAAUAACAACGACAACAAUAGAAUCUGGUGAUACUGGUUUCAAAUCUAUCGAUGAGAAAUCAGAAUGA